UUUCUUUCUUUCAAAUAAUUCUGUGGGUCUUUUCCCAGAUAUGUAUUUUCUCUCAAUUUAACUUCUAACUUAAGUUUCCGCCCAUGUGACUUCCAGGCGUUACCAGAAACCACAAGAGAGAGGGCGCGAGCCCCAAGGCAAGCGACAUGUCCCUGUGGGGAGCAGAGCCUCUGCACCCCGGAGCGAGGAGGACGCAGGGGUCAGGGGCAGCGGCAAGGCGGGCAGAGGAGGGCCCUGAGGAGGGGGGUGGGCUGCUGGCCUGGGGGGAGCAGUCAGGAAGGGAGGCCAGCUGGUGACAGGAGAGCCCCGAGGCGCCUGGGGCUGCGUGGAGAGCCCGGAAGACUGCGGCCAUGCCUCACAGCUCCGACAGCAGCGAUUCCAGCUUCAGCCGCUCUCCACCCCCCGGCAAACAGGACUCAUCUGAUGAUGUGAGAAAGGUUCAGAGAAGGGAGAAAAAUCGCAUCGCCGCCCAGAAGAGCCGGCAGAGGCAGACACAGAAAGCCGACACCCUCCACCUGAGUCUGGCCAAGUCCUACCUGCCCCUCAAGAUUCUGUUGGAACAUCUCCUAGAAGCCCCCUUCUGGCUCCCUGCUUUGUCAACUGUGAACCAGCAUGGAUCUCCACCACACGUUCACUGCAUUGCCCCACAAUGAUGGGUUCACAGAUGAGUCUCGUGAAUCUGUGGAUUCCCCAAGGUUUCUUGGCUGCAAGGCAUAUGGGAUCUUCAAUCCCUGACCAGGGACUGAACCCACACCCCCUGCAUUGGAAGGCCAAGUCUUAACCACUGGGCCCCCUGGGAAGUCCCCUAGAACCAUGGUCUUUGUUGUGUCGGUUUCCCUGACACCCAGCACAGCACGGGGUCCGUGGUGACGACUGUGAAAAUGAAUGAAUGACUGUGAAGACAGCUCCACAAGCCAGAGAGGAUCUUUAUACAGCACGGGGCUGGACCACAUGAUUCUAUCUCUUGUCUACACUGCAGUUCCAACAUCACAUAACCCUGCCGGGUCAGCACCCCUCUGCUUUGUCACCCAUGGGCUGUUAACUGUUGCCCAGGCAGCAACAACUCUCACUGCUAAUGCAGUUCCUCUAUUUCAAUAUGCAAAGAAAGCUUCACACCUCUGGGCUUUCUAUAGAUUAUGCAAAAAAAAAAAAAAAAAAAAAAGCCAUUUUAAUAUCU